CGGCAACGCGUUCGCAACGCAGAGCGCGCGCGCUCACACUCUCUCUCUUUUUCUCUCUAUCUCUCUCGCUCGCUCGCUCACACACUCCCUCAGUGUCUCACUCGCUCGCACACACGCGCUGACCGCCACAGUGUGGCCAGCAAGUGUUAAAAAGUUGUCAAACGCAGCAGAACUCAUCGCAACGGAUCGAACAUUUGUACAUAUAUAUAUCUAAAUACAUAUAACUAGAUAUAUCAAUAUAUAUAGUCGGUGUUUGUCAACAAACAUGCAGCGGAAAUUAACGUAGAACUUGUGACUUUUACACUAGUUCCGCCCACGAAAGGAACAACAACUAUUGACUCGAGUGUCUGGACAAGAAAAACGGCAAAGAAAAUAAAGCCUUUCCGAUUUGAAUACUUGAAAUCGUGUCGAAAACUCGUAUAAAUAGAGCGCGCCCACUUGAAUGUGCUAAAAAUACGAGCGAGUGGCUCGCUUGACACAUCUAUUUAUCUAUUUAUUUAUUUCUGUUUUAUUAUAUCGCUGCACUCGUGUCGCAUAAAUCAGGGAACUGUUUCAAUUGAACCGAUCGAACAGGUGCCCGCCAAACAUGCUGCUGGCCGUUAAUCAGAGUGUGAAUAAUUCAAAGAAGCGGCGCGACGCAGAGGCAGCAGCAGCAGCAGCAACAGCUGCAGCCGCAACAACACACAGCAGUGCCUCUAGAGAGCUGACAGACUCCAGCACACAGUUGGUGGCCAACAUGCUGCUGGAUGAGACAAGUCCCUUGGGUGGCGUCUGCCAGAGUUGCCAGCAUCGCCAGCAAGAGAGUUGCAAAUGCGAUUGCAAUUGCAUCCACAAGCUGGACGCCUCGCCGCCCACCUCCCUUGUCCUUGUCUAUUUGUAUUUGGGUGCACUUACUCUGAUGCUGGCCACGUUGUCGAUACUCUUCUAUACGUACACGCAGGCGGGCGAGGAGUCCGUGACAGUUGACGUCCAUAGCCAGCGAGGCUAUCGGAACCAGUUCCAGGAUGAGCUGAUGCGUUCGGAACAUAUUCUGCGCGCCAUGGUUACUCAGAUCAUGGAAAGAGAUUAUCCCAUGGAGGCGAGUCAAACAACAGCGCAACCGAUCACCAUUGUCCGUAACGAGCGGAAGAUGAACCACAAUUUCAUUAGCCAAUCGCCGAUGGGGAAGCGCUUUCGCAGAGACAUCGCCUCGUCGUCGCCCGCCUCGAUGCAUGAUCCAUUGAUUGAGUUCUUUAAUCCGAACCACCGCAAGGCCCUGGACGAACAGGACACAGAGAUACGAAAGCGUACGGGUCUGAAGGGCGCGGCGCCCGGCGGAGAUGAAUGGAUCUAUUUGAAUACGUAUUGCCGUGUGCCAGAGAAGAUUAUCACGGGCUUUUGCAAGGGCACACAGGACUACUGCCCGCCAGCCCCAGUUGGUCCAAUUGGCCCAAUAGGGCCCAAAGGACCAACCGGAAAUCCCGGCCUGCCGGGCAUACCCGGUCCCAAAGGCAAUCGCGGUGAUGUCGGCCUGCCGGGCGCUCCGGGCGUAGACGGUGUGGGCCAACAGGGAGCAACGGGUCCCCGCGGUCCCAAGGGUGAUGCUGGGGCCGUAGGCCGCGCCGGCCUGGAUGGCCGAGACGGUGUACCCGGUGAGCCGGGCUUGGAUGGAGUGCCGGGUCGAGCAGGCGCUGAUGGCAAAAAUGGUCUGGCCGGACGCGAUGGCAAGGACGGACUCAAUGGAAAAGAUGGCAAGGAUGGCAUGUCCAUAACGGGUCCAAAGGGUGCCCAAGGUCCACCCGGUGAAAGAGGACUAAAGGGCAUUGCGGGUCCACGCGGACGUCCAGGCAAGCCGGGCACCAAUGGCACACCUGGUGUGCCAGGCAUCAACACCUGGAAGAUGCUAUAUCCCAAUGGCAGCGCCUCCAAUGAUCUUCUUAUACCACCUUCCAUUACAGAUGUCAAUGCACCCAACUUCCGACGCAAUGUCAUCGUCGAGGAGGGUAAGACGCUCAACAUGAGCUGCUCAGCUACGGGCAAUCCACCGCCUCAGGUGGAAUGGCGUCGCGACGAUGGGCGCACCAUCAAUGUGAAUGGCAUCGAGCUAAGCUCCAUUAGUGGGCAGUUCCUCAAGUUCGGCAACAUAACGCGUCACCAAAUGGCUGCCUACACCUGCCAUGCCAACAAUGGCAUUGCGCCCGUUGCCAAUGCCACGUUCCUGGUGGAAGUGCACUUUGCGCCCAUGAUUUCUGUUUACCGGCAAAUGAUCUAUGCGGAGUAUCAGAGCAGCGCUACACUGGAGUGUCAAGUCGAAGCCUUUCCGGAGGCCAUACGAUAUUGGGAGCGCGCCUAUGAUGGCAAAAUUCUCGAUCCCAGCGACAAGUACCGCAUUGAAUCCUACCCAGAUGGCUUUAAGACCUCCAUGCGUUUGACCAUAAGCAACCUGCGCAAGGACGACUUCGGCUACUAUCAUUGUGUGGCACGCAACGAGCUAAAUGCAACAAUGGUUAAUUUUGAAAUAGCACCUCAGGAUCCAAAUAGUGAAAUACCCUAUGUGGGCAACAAUGUCAAGGUCUAUGGACAGCGACCGCCUGAAAGCGAAUGUCCCGUUUGUGACCAGUGUCCAGAUCCGAGCUUGUAUCAAUGCAAAGACUCCAUACUCAACAACUUUGAGAUACAACCCACUGGCAAUCGCAGCUACCCGGGCUUGCCGAAGCGAGUAAAAACCUGUUAUCUAUAUGCAGUGGGUAAGCCCGUUUUCCAUAAGGUGGUAAACGAGAAGUAUGGUUCCUGGCUGCGCGAUGCAGCUCCCAGGGAAGUUGAUCGGGAGAAAACCUUUGUGACCAAUGAGAACGACGCCAAUAAUCUAUUUGAGUUCUCCACGCGCACGCAAUAUCGCGUGAACAGUGUGCCCAGGCACAAAUACGAAAUAUCCGAAGGCUUUCAAGGCAAUGCGCACGUCGUCUACAACGGCUCGUUCUACUAUCAACAGAAGAACUCCGAUUUGGUUGUCAAACUGGACUUGACGACCUCCAAGAAGAUAAGCAUACAAUUGCCAUAUUCUGGAAUCGCGACUGGCAAUCGACUCUAUGCUACGGACUAUAACUAUAUGGACUUUAACGUGGAUGAAGUCGGUCUUUGGGUCAUCUACAGCACGCACGAUUCCAACAACACGCUCGUAGCUAAGCUGGAUGCCGAGACCUUGCGCAUGCAGUAUAAUUUUAAUAUAACACUCGAUCAUAAACAAUUCGGAGAAAUGUUUAUUGUCUGCGGCAAUUUGUAUGCCAUCGAUUCGGGCACCGACAAAAAUACCCAAAUACGCUACGUCGUCGAUCUCUACAAAGGCAAACUGCUCAACGCGAAUCUACCCUUCUCCAACCCAUUCAGCUACACGACCACAGUCGGCUAUAAUCCCCUCACAGUGGAACUAUACUCUUGGGACAAGGGCAACGCACUCACAUAUCCUAUACGCUACAAUGAGCAUCGCCUAGUUACAGAUAAUAAUUAAGUCAAAUGUUUAAUACAAAUAAAUGCAAAUUGUUCUUUUUUUU